AUGACAACACCCGCCCCCUUCCCCUUCCCGCGGGAAUACUCCUUUCCCCCCUUCUUCACCCGCCAAACAAACCUCACCACACACCACGCGCAACUCGUCAAAUGGUCCGACCUGAUCCUCGCCUACUGCCGCCACAACCGCAUCUUCAAGCUCUCCCUCAACGCCGCCAUCCCCUCCGCGCCGACCGCCGCCCUCCCGCACGCGCUGCCCAACACAUCCACGCCGUCCAUCGCAAUUAUCGACUCCACCCUCGGCGGCACAUCCACUGCGACAUCGGGGGCCGCCGGCCCGGAGGAGCUCUUCCACAACAAGACGCUGAAUAAGCGCCUCUCGCUGGCCGACGCGCGCGAGGUCCUCGAGUUCAUGAAGAAGGACGGCCGCGCGGAGCAGCUGCCCGCUUCGCCGGACGUGUUUUGGGUGUACUGGCGCACGCCGGACGAGUGGGCUGCGGCGAUCGAGGCGUGGAUCGACGAAACUGCGCAGAAGGGGGUUGUGUUGACGUUGUAUGAGCUCACUGAGGGCGAGGGCACGAGGGGGACUGAUUUUCACGGCCUCGAUUCCGAUUUACUGCAAAAAGCGCUGCAGGUCCUGGUCAAGCGAGGCAAGGCUCAAAUCUUUGGACAGGAGGACUCCCAGGGUGUCAAGUUCUUCUGA